UGGCAGAGCCGCGCAAGCCUAGCCGGUCUUUUUCUGAGCAGAGUGGAGCCAACGUGUGAAGACCAAAGGCGGCCGAAGUCUUCAGUUACAGAUUGGGGUUUAGUCUACGAGUAUAUUUUUGAGAUAUGAGUCAGCGUAACACAAUAUUCAAGCUUGCCAGCUAGUGGUGUUUGCCCUGGAGGGUGGGAGAGAGAGAGCAAAGACUGCAGAGAAUAUGGAGCCGUCAGAUGGCUUGUUGCUGCAGGUCAACAAUGGAGAACAGUGGUGUAACCGCUGGAAGCAUCCCAAUGAGGACCUGGACCGCAGCACCAGCCCCUCAGUCCUGCGCUGUGUUGCCAGCACGUGGAAGGAAGGCCUGCUGAACAGAAAGAGGCCAUUUGUGGGCCGCUGCUGUCACUCCUGCACACCACAGAGCUGGGAGAAGCUAUUUAACCCGAGUAUUCCAUCCCUGGGAUUACGCAACGUCAUCUACAUCAAUGAGACCCACACUAGACAACGGGGCUGGUUGGCACGCAACUUGAGUUAUGUGCUGUUUGUAAUGGAGAGAGAUGUCAACAAGGACAUUUUCACCAGGAACGUGGUGGACAAUGUGCUUAACAAUAGCAGUGUGGAAAAUGCUAUUGUGAAGGUCGCUACGGAUCUGGAUGCUACAACCAGCCAGCCUGUCCAAGAGCGCAGAGCUGUUAGUAAAGUGAAGCAGAAAGCAAGGGCCUUCCUUCAGGAGAUGGUUGCCAACAUUUCACCAGCCUUCAUCAGACUGACAGGGUGGGUCCUCCUGAGGCUCUUUAAUGGUUUCUUCUGGAGCAUCCAGAUCCACAAAGGUCAGCUGGAAAUGGUCAAGAAAGCUGCAACAGAGCAAAAUGUGCCCAUGGUCUUCCUUCCUGUUCACAAAUCUCACAUUGACUACCUGCUCAUCACCUUGAUCCUGUUCUGUCACAACAUCAAAGCCCCCCACAUCGCAGCUGGAAACAACCUGAGCAUCCCCAUCCUCAGCACUCUGAUCCGUAAACUAGGAGGAUUCUUCAUAAGAAGGAAAAUGGAGGAGUCGGGGGAUGGGAAGAAGGAUAUUCUGUACAGAUCACUCUUACAUGCAUAUACAGAGGAGCUGUUGCGUCAGCAGCAGUUUUUGGAGGUCUACCUGGAGGGUACACGCUCUCGUAGCGGUAAACUGUCUCCAGCACGUGCGGGCAUGCUGUCCAUCGUGGUAGACACACUGUUGAAUGGGUCAAUCCCGGACGUGCUGGUGGUGCCCGUUGGCAUCUCCUACGACCGCAUUAUUGAGGGCAACUACAAUAGUGAACAGCUGGGCAAGCCCAAGAAGAAUGAGAGUUGGUGGGGAAUAGCAUGUGGAGUGUUCAGGAUGCUCAGGAAGAACAACGGCUGUGUGAGGGUUGACUUCAACCAACCCUUCUCUCUGAAGGAGUACCUGAGCACCCAGAGAAGUCGACAUAUUCCUCCACUAGAGUCACUGGAACACACCUUGAUGCCGACCAUUAUUUCCGCACAGCCUGAUGCUCAGUUGUUGGAGAGGCAGGAGGUCGAGCAGAUGAACAGAGAGCUGCCUGAUGACAUAUUCAGACGACAGCUUAUUAACAACCUGGCCAAGCACGUUCUCUUCACGGCUAAUAAGUCAUCAGCAAUCAUGUCUACAAACAUUGUGGCCUGUCUGCUGCUGUACAGACAUAGACAGGGGGUGGUGCUGUCAAAGCUGGUGGAAGAUUUCUUCAACAUGAAGGAGGAAAUUCUCUCAAGGGACUUUGACUUGGGCUUUUCAGGGAACUCUGAGGAUGUGGUCAUGCGUGCACUCCACCUCCUGGGAAACUGUGUCAACGUGACCAGCAGUGCAAAUCGCAAUGGAGAGUUCACCAUCGCACCCAGCCAAACUGUGCCAGCACUUUUUGAGCUCAACUUCUACAGCAAUGGCCUUUUCCAUGUCUUCAUUUCUGAUGCAGUCAUUGCCUGUAGCAUCCUGUCACUGCAGCGAGAGCUGGUUGUGGAAUCGGAGUCUGAUCACCAGUCUGGUCGUCCAUGUAGCCUCCUCAGUCAGGAGAGGCUCAUCCGCAAGGCUGCCAGCCUCUCCUACUUUCUUACCAAUGAAGUGGCGGUGGCUCCUCCCUGCCAGACCAUUUACCAAGUUUUCCACGAUACAGUGACGCGGCUGAUCCAGUAUGGCGUUCUGUACGUAGCAGAGGAGGAACAGGAGGAACUGAGCCCCAGUCCCACAGAAGAAUCUUGGUCCCAAAAGUUCCCUGAGCCCCUUUCCUGGAGAAGCGAUGAGGAGGAUGAGGACAGCGACUUCGGAGAGGAGCAGAGAGAUCGAUACCUAAAGGUCAGCGUUUCAGCAGAGCACCAGGACUUCUUCAUUUUCCUUCAGCGCCUGCUCAGCCCAGUACUGGAGGCCUACAGCGGCGCUGCAAUCUUUGUCCACAGUCUGAGUCAGCCCAUGACUGAGUCUGACUACACCCAAAGGCUUUUCAGAUACCUGCUCACCCGCACAGAGAGAGGAGUGGCUGCUUAUGGUGAAAGUGCAACACAUUACCUGGUUAAGAACACAGUGAGGACAUUCAAAGAGCUUGGGGUCUUGAAGGAGAGACGAGAGAACAAGGUGACCACUCUGGAGCUGAGCAGUACCUUUCUACCUCAGGCCAAUCGGAACAAACUCCUGCAUUACAUCCUCGGCUUCACGUUGCUGUGACCUUUCAGCCCAGCUCUGACCCCAGGCUCCUUCUACUUAAGGGCUUCUACUGGUUACUUCAAAACAAUCCCAGGUGCUACUCCAUGGAACACUUUACCAGGAAGUGCCUUCAUCCAAAAGCCGCUAACUGUUAGCUGUUAGCCGUAAAAGAGACUUGAAGCCAGUCUUCCCUUUUUGUGUGCACGUCUACGACUCCCUGUCGUGGAACUGUACAGCUGAUAAAAACACCGGUCUUGUUAAUUUUGAAGAGGUACGUCUUGGUAUCAUCCUCUGUGAACUUUGCCAGUGAUGUGACAAGGUUUUAAUGUGAUUAAAUUUUAAACCAUCAGAAAAUACACUGGAACAGGUUAGUAACGAAGCAUCACCUUCACAGUAGCCUAAACUAAACAAUCUGCAUUUAAUUUAUUUAUGUCAACAAGACUAAUAAUAUCCAUAGAAACUAACGAUGAACUUACCCCACAACAAGUAUGUUUUCAUGUAAACCUCUCUGUUUGUUAGUUAAAGAAAAAGAAAAAAAAAUGCUGCUGUAUUACCUCCAGUGCACUCUGUUAUCAUACAGUAGGAAACAUGUAGAAAUGUAGUCUGUUAGUUAGUAUUUAAACACCGAUACUUGUUUUGUGUCGUUACAUUCAGUAAUACAGGAAAGUUAAAAAAUAUACAGAUUUGCCGACUCCUGGGUUAUAUGCUAACCCUGCUAAAUACGCACAUAUCCAAAGUGUAUUUGACAUCAAAUAUCUGUAAAAAAAAAAAUCCACUCCUCCUGUCAUACCGUUUAAUCGUUUUGUACAUUUACCAGUUAAAGGGAUCCUAACUAGAAGCAACACACCUACCUGUUCUGCUCAAAAAUAUUUGCUUGGCAAACACAAAAUGUACCUGUUCCUGCAUAACCAUGAGCAUUUACAGUUAAGUGCAUUCACACUAAUAAUAUCCAAGUGCAUUCAGUUACACAUUUCCUCUUUGCUUUUGGAUGCAGAAGACUUUGAUCUCUGUGUUUCUCAAUGAAUGUUACAUAGGACCGCGCUUAAAAUACUGAAUACCAGCCAUUACAUCCACUUCCAUUCAAACACAACAAGCUCAGAAACUCUUAGGUCACGCUUUUCAGGGAGAGCAGAGAUUUUGGGGAUUACCACCGCUGUUCCCUGUGUAGUUAAACUGUAUAAAGCCUUUAUAGCACCGCUGCUGAGAGAGCAAUGGAAGUUUUGUUCGACAGAUGAGCUACACAAUCCACUGUAUAAUCCAUUUUAACAGUAGGUCAAGUCUCGGAGACUUAACAUUAGUGAGAGCAUGAUAAUGUGACUGUUCUGUCAAGUUUUUUUUAUUUUAUUUUUUAAAGGAGGAUAUUUUUCUCCUUUUCGCGUUGUUUACUUGCUGCCUUAAUGUGCAGUAAAAACAAACGAUACUAACGUCCUUUAGUGUAUGGUUUACCUAAAGCUUGUUUUUCUUUUAAAAAUUAAUUUAACUGAAAUGUCUGCUUCUCAACCCAUUUAGUCAAAAAACAUAACAAAUGUAGUUGGAAGUAGAUUCUAAUCAUUUAAGUUAUUCCUGUUUUCUUCUUCUUUCUUUUUUUUCCUCCCAAAGGUCAAGUCACAAAUAGUGUGUCAGGCUUGCUGUGAAUUAAAACUGCGGUUGUUGAAAGAAAACAUCUUCACCUGAUGGUGGAGCCUCAGUGCAUCGUACCAUGACGCUUUUAUUUAUUGUAAAAAGAGGUCAGUAACACAUGUGGACUCUGGUCUUAUGGGUUUCAUUCUAAAUCAAGAUAGCAUAAAUGCUUCUUAUCCAACUCAGUGCUGGUGGGUGUGUGUGUGUGAUACUUCACAUAUGCACUCACUCAGGUUCUUUGAGGAAAAGAGGAAGGCCUGUGUUUGUAAAGGUUAAAGGGGGCGUGAUGUAUUGUUAUCAUGAUAUGGAUCUCACAAUGAUAAUGUGAAGACAGUAUGAAUGUUACAUUUCAACACUCCGUCUGUCCGGGCAAUAAUAACAACAACAACAACAUAAUAAUAAUAAUAAUAAUAAUAAUAAUAAUAAUUCAAAUGCGUUCGGAUGUCUGAUGGUAUACAUUUAAUAUUGAAUUGAAUAUUUUUACUUCAAGAGUUGGUGACAAUGUGUCUGUACAAUUUAAGAUGAACCUAAAUCCUUUUUUUGUCAACAUCCAGUUGUAUUUAAUAUAAGAAACCUUGCAUGUUUUCAUGCAGUUUUGUCGAAUGAAAUGACCCGUGAUUGCAAAAGGUUUACUUUUCAAGGGUUUAUGGAUUGGUAAAUUACAUGAAUAAGCAUGUUAAAGAAGAGAAUAGUAUGUGCUUUAAGUGGUCGUGUGAUCAGAGUAGUGUCUGUGCUGACAGUCGGUGGGAACUUAGUGACGUCUAAAGCUUAUCUGAGCCCUCAACCUGUACGUCCCCGCGCUGAGGGACAAAAACCACUAUAUGUACUGUACUGCAUGUCUCCUUCUGGUCGCCUUUAAUCAUCCACUCUUCAGUGUGAACUCUCCUUAACUUGGGAAUUGUCUUUUACAGUCUUGUGUGUGAAUGUACAUUGAAGAGCUUCAUGCUGUAGCUGUUUGUGUUGGAUGACAUUACCUCUCGAAUGUAUCCCAUCUGUCCCCCAAGUGGUCAGUGAGAUAUUGUAGAGUCAGAACAAACGAGAUUAAGUUUUUAUGAACUGCUUGUGGGAUUUAUGAAGACUCGCUGCUCAUGGAAGCUACAUUAACAAUGUCCUAAAACAACUAUGUGUAUACAUUUUGUAGAAUUAAAAAGAAAACAUGCCUGUGUCUGAAGAGCAGGUGCCUUUUUAAUGCACUGUAGGUUCUUUGGUUAUGUUUUUUUUGUGCAUGUUAACCUAUAAGUAAUCCAAAAAAAAAAAAAAAGUGUAGGUUGUACUUUAAAAGAAAAGAAAACAUAUGCAGAAGUGUAGAAAACAUGUGGUUACUACAAAAAGAGUCACCAGCUACUGAAAACAAAUGUCACCUUUUUGUUCUUGCUGUCCAAAGGCAAAGCACAAUUGGCAUUAUUAGAUUUGUUUUUGAAUAAAUUAAUGAUAGAUUAACGAUA